UUCAAAGGCUUGGCCACCAAGCCCACAACUGUAAAAAGGACUAUUGAAAGCCUCAAGUAAUAUUCUGAUAGAUGGACCAAGACUUCAUGAAACGACUGCGUUCAACAAAUUGGGAUUCUUCAACCUUAACACGUUUAGAGGAGGUCAAGGUUUUCUUUGCUAUUAUCUUUUAUUUUUAAAUCAACUCCUGUGAAAAGAAAAAAAGAUUAACGAUUGCUUAAUAGAAAGUUUUGGAAAUAGUCUUUAGGUUCAAGGUUCCACAGUAGAUAAUACCGUCUCCAUCCAGAGGCUUAUGACUUAAGUUAUAAGCUUCUGCUCCAUCUUAAGAUGCUUACGUACCUAACCUGAACUUUGACUGAUAAUUCGUAUUUCAUCGCAUUGAGUGAAUUUAACCCAAGACAUUGAGCCACUUCAAUCAAACCCAGAACUCUAAUGGUAAUCAAAGUUUCUUUAUUUUUCAGCAAGUUCCUUCCUAGAGCUUGCAGAUUUGAAAACCGAAAUAGCAUGUGACGGAGAACACUUCAUGACUCAUUGCGCUAACGCAGGCUUAGGGCUGCAUAUCUAUUCUGCAUUCUAUGGACGAACAGAUACUGGUCACGUGUUGUGCCCCUACAAUGGACAAAAUAAUGACAAGAAUUUCAAGUGUCCUGAAACUCACGUCACAGUCAAAUUUAAAACCUUAUGUGGAUGGAGAAACAAGUGUAGGGUCAAAAUUAAUGCUGCACUCUUCGGAGAUCCUUGUCCACAGAAGAAGCACAAGCAUUUGUAUUUGAGCUUGGUUUAUACGUGUAAGCUGUAUGGACGACUGAGAAGGCCGCUCUUAAACCUACCAAAAAGCACGGAAACCACUUCAACGAGCAUUUUAUCGGCUCCAACCUCUUCACUGGUCAGUUCCUCAUCGGUAUCGAUGGCGAUAUCUCCAACAGCAACCUCCCUCUCUCCCUCCAGCUCCAUUCCACUGACCACGUCAACACCGACGGUCGAGAACAUCCCGAAAAUCAUCAGCCCUAACACUAAGGACACUUCUUCUGUUGGGGAGGUUGGCUCUUCUUCUGAUACUAACGCCAGAUCACUUGGGAUCGCAGAUCACGGGUCUGACUAUAUUACAGUGUUUUUUGCCAGCGCUGCUGGUGCACUAGUCCUCGUAAUUAUCAUUGGUAUUUUCAUCUACUAUCGCCACAAUGAAAACAAGCAACAUUUACACGUCAAGGAGUUGCCGAAAUUAAACGCGUAUGGAACGGUUGAACGGAAAAUGCUACCGGAAGUUGAUCCAUUCAUAUCCGGCCCCAUCAAGACCCCGCCUCCUGAUUGCAUGAUGGAAGGGUACAACUACAACUGGCAGCGUGGUGGAACCUCACCUCCGAAGAAGUCUGAAAAUGGUACGUUUGUGGGGAAAUUCAGCCCAAAAGAUAUGAACGGCGAGAGACAGAAUGAAACUCUCAGAUACCAACGAAAUCCAUAUUCUCCUGCCACACCCAGGAGAUACGACAGUUCAAAGAGGUAUAUGGGCUCAGAGUACCCAAGUAACAGAUCACUAAGGAUUGAAAGAGAGAGGCCAACAAACUUUAAUGCUCCGCCCAGAUCGAGGACUGGAGACAGCAGACCAUCCUCAGAGGCUUUUUAUUAUUAGCCUCCUUGUAUACUCUUUUACUGAUUUUAAAAACUGAUUUGUCAGGAUUUCUGCAGAUGACUCAUAAUUAAAGGAUAACUGAGCUAACGUUAUUUUUUAAAAUCAAAGCUAGGCUUAAACAUUUUUCCUAAAACGACCAAGAGCCAAUCAAAACUCUCCAAAAUUUGUCUAAUGUAAUCAAUUUAAACAAAUUAGUUACUUUCAUCGCUCUUCAAACUAGCAAUUUAAAAUUCUCUUAGAUUGCCUGUUUCCUCUAAAUCAGUGGGGUUCAAGUCUGCAACGACAAAGGAUGGGAAUUUAAUUUAGGAUGUGUCUUCAACCCUAUUCCAGUUCAGAUAUCCAUUUUCAUGCAUUUAAUUUUCCUCCACACUUGCUUAUGGGGCUGUGCGAGAGCUAAACACACAACAAGUGGAGCUUUUAGUAAUCAACAGCUGUAAUGCGAGAACCAUAUCAAUGUUUAGCCACUCUGGUGGAAAGAGUUUUUUCGUUUACAAAUAGUCGGUUUUGGGUUCUGUUCUUAUUUCGGUGUAAGUUUUCUAAGUAUUUCCUACGACCAUCAGCUAAGUGUCGUAUCAAUAGCUUAUGGCGUGCACGAUGGACUGAAACAACACAAACGGGCCAAAGUCAUUUCAGUGUUCCCUAAGACUAACCAAAAACAAAAAUUUCGCAUUUUACAGUUUAUUGCUCAAGCUUAAACAAAAAAUGGAAAAAGGCCAUGUUUUGAUCGUACAGAGUGGCCAUUUUCUGAUCCGCUCAGUUUACAUCAAUAUUUUCCCUCUGUAUUACAAUGUAAUACCGUCGCACAUUUUGCGCGUUUGAUCGCCGCCGCCCUAAUGCAAUGGUAAACCGGUGUGAUGGUAAAAUAACAAAUAUGUACAGGAGAUAUUGAGACAGACAAAUUAUUUCCCAAUUUAUCAAGGUAACUUAUGGACUAAGUUAAUGUCCAAAAAACGUAUGGCUGAUGAUAUUAUGAAAGUUAGAACUAGUUGGAAAUCAGAAAUGCUCCUACUCGUAAUGAUAAUGUUGAAGUUAACAAAUGUUUACUGAUAUAUAUAUAUUUUUUUUUCAAAUUCUACUCGGGUUCUUACAGCAAAGUAUCUUAAGUUUGUAAUCUUUUAAAUUCAUGAAACAAUGUAUCUACGAACCGUGCUCAAAAUAUAGUCGCAAGAGCCUCCGCAAGCGACCAGGCUCUUUAGUUGCUAACGAGAGCUUCCAGCCCUUGUGUAAGUUAGCUCCGUCGUAAGAGAAAUGUAAUAAUUUGAAAGUGUGAUUCCUCACAGUGGAGGUCUCUCCCGACCAGUGUUAUUCAUGUCAGUUUUGUGUGUAAGAGAUAAGAUUAGAAAAUGAUAUUAGUUUUCAGAUUACGAUCACCCUGUUAUAAAACCAAAUUUGCCAUUUGCUUGGUAUUGUGGUUCUGUAUUAAGGUUUAGGAUUGACGUGGAAAUGCCAGAUUAUGAGCACAUUUCAGUCUGCGAUGCCAUUCUUGAAGAUGGCGAAGAACUAUUCGGAAGGGUAGAAGAACCAAAAUGCACCAUUAAAACUACCUCAUCCCCGUGAAUAGGUUAAUUUAUGCUUGACAAAGGAAGUAUUUGUGGUAUUUUGGUCUGAACCGGUAAAUUUUCUCGCAGAUAAGAACUGAUAGCUCAGUCUUCACUAGAAAUGCUGAAAUCAUCCAGAUGAAUGGAAGUUCAAAGGAGAGAGCAAACAAAAACAAAACAAAAACGAAACAUUUCUUUCUCAAAACUGUAUAUCGCUGAUAUCAUUGUUACUUUGUCUCAGCAAGAUCUGAGCUUUUUGAGAGAGAAAGAAUGCCAUAAUUUUUUCUAGUCAUCUAUUUGAAACUAAGUAGCGAAUCUAACAAAAUAGGAUAAAGGAACAGUGCAUGUGAAAGUUUGUAAAAGAGCUCUGAACUUUAACUCUAAAAUAAACUUUGAAUACUUUAUGCGUG